UCUGCCUGGUGACAGAUAUCCUCUCUGACAGUGAUAAGAGGGCAGAGUCUUGACAGAGCCAAAAUCAAAGCAAGAAAGACCUUGGGGCUUGUUUUCCUACAUAGGAACCAUUAGGCAGAGGGAGUUUGUGGACUAGUAGUUCUCCUAAGUGGGGUGAUCCUGAGGCCUCUCACAGAUACGUACAGAGCAGCAUGAUGAACUGGAGAAAGCAAAGAGGGUCAUUCUCAUUCUGGCUACUUAUUGUGGUGCUGUUUGCGCUGCGGGAGAUCCAGACAGCUCACCACAAACAUGAGGCGAAACAUACUGCAGUGGGCACAUCCCGAACUCUUUUGGACCUCCUUAGUGUUGGCCUCAUUGAUGACAUUCAGUGGGCUUCCUACUACAAAUCAAACCAUCAGAUUACUGUGAAGGCAGCCUGGAUUGCUGAGGCUGUGGGAGCAAACUUAAUUGAGGAGAUAAGACAUUUGAUGCAGAACCACGAGGGAGAUUUCCAGUUUGUUAUCAAUUACAUGACAAGAAAUGACACCAAUACUGAGAGGAAUCACACACUGCAGAUUCAUUGCAAUUGUGAAUUAGAUGGCGAUAUCCAGUUGGGCAGCCUUAUAAAGUAUGGCUUGGAUGGAGAAGAUUUGAUCCAGAUAGACAUGCUAGAAGGACAAUGGGUGGUUCUGAAUCCUAGUGCUCAUAUCUUCAAAUCAAUUUUGGAAAGUGCUUUCUGGACUGAAUUGAGAAAACAUCACAAUCAGAGAUACUGUGUUGGAGCCAUGCAGAAAAUCCUUCAGAAUUCAAGCAUGAAAGAGAAUU